AUGGGUGAUUUUAAUGAAGUUAGAAGUGAAAGUGAGAGAUAUUGUUCAAUUUUCUAUCCCACUUCUGCAAAUUUAUUUAAUUCUUUUAUUGCUAAUUCGGGUUUGUUCGACGUCCCUCUAGGAGGGUAUUCCUUUACUCGAGCAUAUAAGGUAGCAGGAAAAAUGAGCAAACUUGAUAAGUUUCUCAUCUCGGAAGGUCUUUUGGUUAUUUUGCCACAUUUGGCAGGAAUCGUUUUGGAGCAUCAUCUUUUUGAUCAUAGGCUGAUUUUACUAAAAGAAAAGGUGAUUGAUGAUGGUCCUAAUCCUUUUUUUAUAUUCUUGUUACAAGUGUUAAAGAGUAAGUUAAGACAAUAUAAUAAUGCAGCUAUAGAUUCUCGGUUUGUCACUAAAAACGACAUUACUUCUCGUUUGGCGGAUAUAGACAUUAGGAUGGAUUCUGGUGACUCGAAUCAGAAUGAUGUGUCAGAUAGAAUUUCCUUACUUAAACAAAUUGGUGAUAUUGAUCGGCUUGAAUAUGUUCAUAUGGCUCAAAAGGUUAAAGUGAGAUGGGCGGUUGAGGGUGAUGAAAAUUCUAAAUUUUUUCAUGGCAUUCUAAAAAAAAGUAAACAGUUGGUGAUUCGUGGUAUUUUAGCAGAUGGUGAUUGGGUUGAUAAUCUAGCUCGGGUGAAAGAGGAGUUUUUGUACCAUUUUUUAUCCAUGUUUUCCAAACCAAUUGGACCUCGGCCUGUUAUUCACCAGGUGUUCCAAAAGCAUCUCUCUACCGAGCAAGCAGAUUCUUUGGAAGAGUUUGUUACUCCUAAAGAGAUAAUAAAAAAAGGCAAUUUGGGAUUGUAG